AUUUAAGUGGCUGUUGUGCAGGACGAGAGACACAGACAGAGAGAGAGAGAGAGAGAGCUUAGAGGCAGUUGAAUGACAUUUCCAGCUCUCCACACCCAAAUCUCUGGAAAAUUCCUCUGGUUUGUGCAGCCAAAGCGACGUAAAGAUUCUGGACUGAAGGCUCAAACCGGAGGAGAACGUUCUGGAUCUUAGGAUCUGUAACCUUGAAAUGUGGGUCAGGACUCUCAUCCUGAGGACAGAGGAAGACCUGCUGCUGCUCUGAGAUCCAGGAUAUAUACCAGACCCUUUCUGCUACUUCUGCCUGUCUGUCACCCUGGGGAAGGCAACGCUCCUCCGACCCCCCCGAUUCCCCCCUUCCUCUUCACCCCCGUCGUCCUUCGCAAAGUCGAAGCCGGUCUCGGCGCCCCAACGGGUCCUCACCUCUCCUCUUAGGUGGAAAAGGUUCCAACUUCCGGGACUGCCCAUCAUGCACAUCAAAACCACCAAAUGUAACCGCUUCUGCCUGGUUGCCUCGGUGACCAACCAGGAAGUGUUCACUCGACCUGAGGCGCAGGCUAGCUUUGAGUCCUUGUUCCGGUCCUUCGACCCAGAGGUCCAGUUCCAGUACUUCAGGUCUUUCCGGCGAGUCAGAAUCAGCUUCAGUGACGCUCUGGCUGCAGCUGAAGCUCGACUCAGACUGCACAAAACGGACUUCAACGGCAAAGAGAUGAGACUCUACUUUGCUCAGUCUGUCCACAUUGGCAGUCCUCGCCUGGAGCCCCCCAAGCCUGAGAAGCAGUUCCUGAUCUCCCCUCCUGCGUCUCCUCCAGUUGGCUGGGAGCAGUCCCAGGACGCCACCCCAGUUAUAAACUACGACCUGCUGUGUGCCAUCUCCAAACUGGGACCAGGAGAUAAGUAUGAGCUCCAAACAGCCACGCCCACCACCCCCAGCGUGGUUGUCCAUGUGUGUGAGGAUGAGCGUGGCAACAGCUCAGCUCCUGACGACAGCGACCAGGAUGACAAGCCUCGCACCCCACGGCCAAAGAUAAUCCAGACUCGUCGCCCCGACUACGCCCCCGGGGGGGUGGAGCAGUGAAGAAGAGGAGGCAGAGCUUCGGCCUUAACAUUUAUUCGUGGAGGAGUUCGGAGAGCUCCCAGGUGGUUUUUGGACUUUUGAGGAGGCGCCUGAAGACACGGCAGCAUCUCAUAGGCAGUUUAAAAAAAUCUUUUAAAAAAGAAAAAAACAAAAGAACAGAUGGCGUUCAGGUGCUGCCUUCACUGCCAUGGGAAAGGCAGGACACGGAAGCUUCCUGGUGUGGUGUUUAGACGUGUUUGAACUGAAGGAAACAUGAACUCUGUAAAUGUUUGGGAUCAGAUUCUGGUUCUGUUACUGAUUUUGGAGGAUAAAGUGAAAGAAACAUGAACUCAGAUUCUGCAGGAUUUUUCAGUUCUGGUGAUAUCUGGUGGAAAAAGUUAAAACAUUUGAUAAUAGAAAUGCUCAAACAGACAGAAGCUUUCAGCUGACUGAGCUGUUGCUUUCGUCCCACAACACCUGAAUGUUGCACGGCUCUGCAGUUCUGUUUGCUUCAUCUCCUCAGAACGUAAUCAGAGGUCAGAACCUGUGGGAUCUGAAUGUAAACACAUGGUGGCUCAGUGUGGACCAUCAAAAAGAAGGCUCUGGGUGUUCAGCAGCUUUCAAAAAUGUAUUUAGAAGAAAUGCUCUUGCUGUCAUUAACUACCUUUAAUAAACAUGAUCCUCUA